AUGGGCAUUCAAACCCUCGAUCCAAACGACCUCGUUCUCUUCGACAAAACCUAUCCAGACCGUCUCGUCCUACGCCACUCACUGCUUGAUCAAUAUCCCAAAGAGAUAGUUGGCAUCAGGGAUCUACUAGAUGGACGCGCUCAACUAGCGGUGCGUGAGUUGUACAGCUUUCUCUUCGGAUUAUAUCUGCCUUCGCGCUAUCCCACCAUCUUCGAGACAUACUACGAUAAACAAAGCUAUACCACCAAGGUCAGAAAUCUCAUCACCCAGAAGACGUUUCCAACCAUGAUUGAAAACGGAGAAUCGCUGGAUAUCGGUCUAGCCAACAUUGCGAAGAAUGUGGACGAGGAUUUCUUCAUACUCUUGCCCCAUGAUCAAAGCAACCCUGAAGGUGGCUACUAUCGGUUGGAAGCGUAUUCCGCCUGCUUUCCGUCUGGAUUCAAGCCACAGGAGAAGCUAGGUAAAAGCCUGGCUGGCAUACAUGGUCCAGUACCGGGGUACAAAGAAAAGCUACAAAAGAGCAUGGAUAGGUUCUUUUCACGUCUGGAGGCUGGGAAAUGCGUCAAACGCGUGAACUGGAGUAUCACCGUGGACGAGGAGCUGUAUUCCAAUUUUGACAAGAGUACGCCAGCCAUGGAAGGAAAGCUGGAGAAUUUGGCACUAGAGGAUCUGGAUUUGAACAAGACAUUCCUUCGUUGUGAGCGCCAGACUCUUCAUCGCCUCCCUACUUCCGGUGCAAUCAUCUUCGCUUUCCAUACGUAUCUCUAUCCCAUCGAGGAAAUCAAGGCAGAAGGCGGUGGAGAGCAGCUCGCUCUGGCAAUCGAUGGACUCGAAAGAGGAAGCGUGCCGGAUAUGUUCAAGUACAAGAAUGGGGAGAAGUGGGCGAAUGCCGUUAGGGAGUUUCUUCGGAAGUAG